UCUAGUGAGACUUGGCAACACUGGAUACUAGAAUGAACACAACGGCAGUGUAGACCCCUUCUUAAACUGAAAUAUGGUAGACAAGGGGCUUCCGUUAAUAACUUAUUGUUUUUCGUGUGCGAAGAACAUAUCCUAGGCUGCAGUGGUAAAUUUGCAAAAGUCAGUAAUUAUAAAAACAUGUCGUCAUUCCUAAAACGCAACAAGUCUUUCUUUCACAUCAGAAGAACAUGUGCACAAUUACUUCUGACCCCACAUUGCAGAAGCGCCUGUCGCGGGUUGCAUCCAGUUUAAGGAGCGUUUCUGGUGUGCUUGGUUGUUUUGUGAAAGUACAGUAAAGGGGCCAUUGCUGCGGCGCUGCACAGUUCCCCUCCGAGCAGGAAGUGUAUCGGAGCGAGAAGACACCGCGCAUGCUCACAAGCGCCCUCAGCGCCCAGGGAUGUGUUCGCAGUAAAACAGUAAGAAAACAGACCCGAGGUGGAUAUACCCCGAUUCCAGGAUCGAUUGGGGUUCAGAGCCAAACAGAGUGAGGGUAAGGAGCCGGGCUGAGGGUGAAGCCUCGGGAGCACCUGAGGGUCCCGUUUGGAGCGGAGCAACGCCGCCGCGCUGUGUUAGUGUACGUGCUGCCGCACCGGGCUGUGCUGCGAGGUGAACCGUGUGGGACGAGGCAGCGCUGGCAGGCAUGGAGAACACAUCCGUGACGAUGUCCAUGGGGGACAUGGUAGUGGUGAAGGACGAGGAAGGGGACAGCACAGAAGGCACCAAGACUCAGGUCAUUCUGCAGCUCCAGCCCGUGCACCAGGGGAUGUGUGAAGAUUCGGCCGAGACGGAUGCUGCUGUUGUAUCUGUAGAAACACACACAGAUGAAGUCUCUGUAGACGGGGAGGAGGUGGAGAUUGGCUACCCCAUCACCUGCGGGGAGAGCAAGGCUGUGCUUUUGUGGAAGAAGUUUGUCUGCCCAGGGAUCAACGUGAAAUGUGUGAAGUAUAACGAUCAGCUGAUUAGCCCCAAGCAGUUUGUCCACCUGGCUGGAAAGGCUACACUGAAAGACUGGAAGAGAGCCAUUCGACUGGAAGGGAUCAUGCUGAGGAAAAUGAUGGACUCUGGGCAGAUUGACUUCUACCAGCACGAGCAUGUGUGCACCAACACCUGCCGCAGCACUAAGUUUGACCUCCUGAUCAAUAACACACGCUUCCCUUUGCAGAUGACCAGCAUGGUGCAGACUCCCACGUCUCCUCAAGCCAUCUCUCUGUAUAUAGGAAACGGGGGCCAGAUCACCGUGUCGGAGGAGAGCCAGGAGGAGGGCAUGGACUGGAACCCAGGCAUGACAAGUGGUAUCCCUACCAGCACCGAGCAGGAGGCCAAGAAAGACACCGACGACAUCUCGGAGGAGACUCUGAGUUUCUGGAAAGGCAUCGCGGACGUGGGUCUAAUGGGGGAAGUCGUCACGAACAUCCGCACAGAGCUGCUGGCACUGCUGAGGGGCAUUCAGCAGAGGAGUGGGCAGGCUACCCUGCAGGAGCCAGAUGCAGCUGUGCUGAAUAACCUGGCUCAGAUAUUUGGGCUGCUGGACACGGUGAAGACAGCUUUGGAUAAUCGGAGGAGCCAGACGGACCAGAGCCAGGAGCAGAUUCACAGCACUCUCACAGACCUCACGCAUCAGCUAGAGGAACAGAAGAAGCAGACUCGGGACUGGCGAGUUCAAUCCCAGCCUGUCCAAAACUUGAUGCUUAUGUCCCUGGGCACACCCAGCAAGCCACCUCCCAAACGACCACGCCUGCAUAGACCAGCUUCUACCACCAGCACCCCUCUGCAGCAGACACAGGGCCAGCAGUUCACAGUCCUCUCCCCCAUCACCAUCUCCUCCAUGGGACAGCCUUUCACGAUGGGCGGGCUGCCAGUCCACACGCUGGCACAGCAGUCCAGUCCCAUCACUUUACACACCCUCCCUGCUGGCUCGCAGUUCUUCACACGCUACACCACAGCCACAGUGGUGCCGGGGAGCCAGGGCAAAGGCAUGCCUCAGGAGACCAUUGCUUUCCAUCCAUCCGCCAGUCUGACGCUGCUCAGCACGACCGCGGUCCAGGACCCAAGCCAGCUGGUGAGCCCAGUGGAGCUGGUGGAGGUGGAGCAGGAGCAGGCAGCCCAGGAGGAGGAGGGGCUGGUGGAGGGAGGGGGUGAGGUGGUGCUGCAGGAGGAAGGGCAGGUGAUCGGGGAGGAGGAGGAGGAGAUGCAGACACAGACCCACACAGUCAUCGAAAUCGACCCUGACUCCCCAAAUCACAUCCACCACCCCACAGUAAUGAAUAUCGAGCUAGAGGAGGGGACGGAGGUGGAAGACAGAGUUGAGGUGCAGGGAGAGCUGGAGAUGGGAGAGGCCACAGUUCAUAUGGAGCACCAGGAGCAGCUGCACGAUGUCCAGAUUGUGGUCAUCGAAGAGGAGGCUUCAGAGGAUCAUGAAGCCAAGGACACAAAUGAAGGACAGUGAGGAAGGUGGCUACUAAAUUAAGAGACCCUGCUUGGGAUUGGAUGAGGAGUCUAAUUCUCUGUACUGGAUUGUUGAUGUGUUGAAAGGAGUAAAGUUGCACUGGAGUGGAGGGAGGAGAGGGUAGGUCUGUACUCUCUUGGUUAGUCCCACCACAAAUGUUGGUAUAAGCGGGACAUUUCCAGGGGAAAAAUAAACUUUUUAAUACGCCUACGUUUUUUUUUUUAAACGUAUAAAUAUUUUUUUAUCUUUCUGAUCAGCGGUCAAAGAUAAAAUAAUUUUGGAAGACUUUCUAUAAAUAAAAAGCAGAAAAGAAAUUGUGCUCCACAGCCAAAGGAAGAUUACUGUCUAAAGUAAUGAAAUGCUUAUACUUGGAAGAAAUAUCUUUCCUUUGCUGUAAAUAUAGAAUUACCCAACUGUAGAUAUUUGAAGCACAUGUUUGGAUGGACAGGAGCGGCUUGUGCAUUGGUUUGUUAGAUUUCAUAAAGCAGUGCUAUCGCUUUUUAUUUUAAAGAAGAAAAGCCAGCUUGCAACUUCUUUGCUUUCAGAACUUUUCCUCUGUGGAGGCAGGUAGGGGGAAGAGGGGGCUUUGAUGUUCAGACAGAGAUCGUAUAUUGGGGAAAGUGUUUAGAAUAUACAGCAAAAAUGGUUGCAAUUCCACAGACCAAAAUCCAGUGACUGCAAGAAACAGGUUCAGUCAGAAUGGUCAUGAAGCCUUCUCAAUGCAAGACGUCCGAUGAAAGCAGGGUCAAAAGUGAAAAAGAUAUCUAAAAGGGGGUCAGUGGGUCGAUGAAUCCCUAUAACUAUCACUCUUCAUGCACAAGGACAUGUGCUUCCAAGCAACCUUGAUGAUGGAAAGUUUGAUUCAAAUUGAAAAAUGUCUUAUUCUAUUUAAGCCUUUGUUUAGGAAUUUUCUCUUCCAAAUAACAAACAAUAUUGUUGCACAGCAAAUUUUGUAAUGUAACAUACCUUGUAUAUCAUAUGUUUGACUGAGCGCUCCCUUAAAUGUGGACCUGAAGUAUAAUGCCCUAUCAAAAAAAGUAUACUACAUAGAAUACUAUUUCCCAAGUGCACUCCACAUCUUGUGUAACACACAACACCCAACUACAGCAGUGUGCAAAUUCAUUAGAACACCCCAUUGCUUCUGUUGUGAUUUGUUGUGCACAUGCGAUCAAACCACUGGAACCGAAAAUCUUGGAAACUUUUCAAAGUAGACACAAUAAUUGAUGACUUUAAUAAGCCACACACACAUGCAAUUCAUUUAAAAGAGCAAGAGAAAAGGAACAAAUAGCCACAAAUGGAAAAAUGCAUGAGACUUUUUAGAAGUUGUUUAAGAUGCCUAAUUAAAGCACAAAGUGGUCUAACAUUUUCA